UUACUCUGAGCAGGACCAAGUCUCCGUGGCUUCAUUGCAGAAUGGAUAUGAAGCUGUUGGCAGUCGUGGCUGCGCUCACGUUGGUGAUGUAUGCGCCUCCAUCACAAGCAAAGCCCAUAAGUCUGGUGGAGAGAUGCUACUGUCGUUCAACAGUCAACAGCCUCCCACGAGGCUACAUCCGAGAGCUCAGGUUCAUCCACACGCCAAACUGCCCCUUUCAAGUGAUUGCCAAGCUCAAGACAAACAAAGAGGUGUGUGUGAAUCCAGAGAUUCGGUGGCUGCAGCAGUACCUGAAGAAUGCCAUCAACAAGAUGAAGAAAUCCAAAAAGCGCCAUUAAAAACCUCUUGCCGAAAUCCUCCUGAGCCAUCGCUGAGGGUUUAAAAUAUCGCAGCUAUGUAACAUGUGAUAUGAGAUCAUCUGGUAUGUUGAACAGCACUUAUCCCGGCCGGCUGCCACGCUGCGGCCUUUUGCAUGAAAUGAACCGACAACUCUUCAUAACGAACACCAAUCCACCAGCCUUGUCGCCAUCCUCACCAUCACCACCCUCACAACUUAUAGAGACUGUAGACGUUAUUAGUGCAAAGUGCAAUUAUAUCUGUGAGUGUAUGUUUUUCUCACUAUAUUGUCGAUACUUUUUUGUUAAUGGACAUCAACAGAAAAUAGCUACUUUUUAACAGAGAUGUUCACAUCCCUCAAGCCUCUGUGUCAUUAAGAAAAAGGUCAUGGUGUUAAAUGGAGAGAGGUGAUGGUCAGCAGGAGGAUUUUCUCCACAACAAACAUGAGUUAACAUCCCCCUUGUAUGUAUCAGAGUCCUGUCAUCUACGGAAACAAUAGAAAAAAAGAUGAUGUCUAAUCCCUAACUGCUUAACUUGGUCUUCUCUGAUUUUAAAUUGUACACUAGUGACAACAAUGAAAAGUUUCCAUUCUAAAAACGUGCAGUUGUAGAGUUUGCCAAGUCGUAUUUCAUGUUUCAAGUUAAUUGGCACUGUGGAAUUUAAAUGGAUGCCAGUUACCCCCCAGACUGAGUGUAACAUGUAUAAAAGAGCCUAGUAAAAAUGGCUAUUACAAUGUUAUGUGAUGGAAGUUAGAAUGCCAGAAGAGCCGGAGCAUUUCCUGAGCUGUUCUGUACCAAACAUGACGAACAGGACAAUGAAAAGCUGAACAUCUGGAUCCCAAACCCGUUUUAAUUGACAGCGAGUCAAAAUUUACAGGAAUCAUAAUGCUGUGUCGCUUAACAAGAGAUGUUGAGAACACAUGGUGACACUCACCAAUCACAGUUCACUGUCUUACCAAAUCAGUCAAAAAGAUAAACACAAGCAACCAUAAAAGAAGGAUAUACUGCAAUUUCUAUAACAGUUACCACAUCAGUAGUUAAGCACAAUGGUAUACUGAGAGCCACAGUAGAACAAGUAUAUUAUAACUGACAAUAAAGAGAUGUACAUAUAUGUGACUACCUAUGACUGUUAUGCAGAUAGCAAUGCACUUUAUACCUGAUGUAUUCAUGUUUUAAACAACAGUUACUAAGUCUGAUCAUUAAAUUUUGUCUUUUGUCUUUUUCAUGUUAAUCAUACGGUUUGCAUUCGGUUUUUUUAGUUCAUUGAAUGUGCAGUUGUGUUUAACUGUCAAAGUCUGGAGAUCCAUUCAUUUAUUCAUUUUAAUCUCAUGUCAUUUUAGUCACAUGUACAAUUAAUAUGAUACAAAUGUUUUAUUUUUGUACUCAUUUUUGUACGCAUUUAUAAAAUUAAAUCUAACCAUUUAAACGAA